UUCACCUUCUCAAGAGAUCUGGAAUCUGGAAGUUUGUUUGUGUUUGUUCAGGCUUAUCAGAGCUUGUUUGAUGAGCAACUCUGUUGCUGUGAAUAUGGUGUUAUAACCCUCAGCUCCAAUUGCCAGGAAUCGAAAUAGUGGGUUGAACUUAAAGGGGAAGUGAACUUGAGAUGAUGAUAGCCCUUGAAGUUGUGAUACAUCAUCGUUCAACAGUGGGGUUACUUUGGUGAGAUUGUACAAAGAAAACACAUG